UAGCCCACACCAUUCUAAUGGUUUUGGCCCAUACCAAAAUUUACAUUAUGCCCUUUGCAUCCACUUUGUUAAAGCACUCUGGACAUUUAAAGAAUUUCUCCAUAAUUGAUGUGCCCCUCACAUGGCAACCACCACACAUGGAACAUUUCCUCUAGCAGGGUUUCCCAAACUUGGGUCUCCAGCUGUUUUUGGACUACAACAUAAAUUUGUGACAAUGGAAGUGGCCCUAAUUUUUGGUAGGCUGGAAUAAUUGCUUUGAGCUAAACCCAGACCUACUUUACCCAGCAUUGACUGGGGUCAGAAUUUACCUUAAGUAACAGAGAAGCUUCCCUCCACUGUAAUUUGAAGACCAUGGAAUAAAUGCUGGAAAAAAUUGAAUAAAGUAGUAGUAUGUAUUCCAAGUCUUUAAGAAUGCAACUCACAUCCCUCUGCAAUCAGUGGUUAAACGCUCAUUGGCAUCAAUGGUUCCAGAUGUUGCCCGAAACCUUUAAAACCUGCACCUGGCUUUAUGGUGGCAUAUGGUGAGCUGACCUGGCCAUCUUUUUAUCAGUCUAGUCAAAAGGGGAGGUUAUAAGUGCCACUGUUUGCAGAUGUCUCAGAAUACCGUCGCUUUCUCUUGGGAGCACUGGCUGAGAAUUUCGUUAAGCACUAUUAGCUGGUCCAUUUAAAUUCAACUCCUUCACAGCAGCAAUACAAAACACAUACCCCUAAGAAUACUGGUGUGAGAGAGAACACAUGUGACAAUUACACUUUAAUUUUGAGGGGACAGGACAUUUCUGACUACUUUGAAGCUAAAAUAACUUUCUUUUGCCUCCCAGUGUGUCUGAACAGGUAAAGCAAGAGUCUCCCAAGUUGAAGUUUGGCCAAGGGAGUUGCAAGCGACUAUCUUCUUCAAGUACCAUGUCCACAGAUGCUGAUCCCCCGACCUUAGUGAAAGUGCUCCAUUUGGUUUUCCUUUCAACUUUCUGGGGAAUGCAGAUAUGGGUGACUUUUAUAGCCAGUUUUGUGAUGGGCAACAAUCUCUCACAACAUACAUUUGGAUUUAUUCAGAGUUGCCUCUUCCCUUAUUACUUCCACAUUGGCUCAGCUUGUGCUUUCAUCAACCUGACCAUAUUUGCCAUGUGUCACCCCAGCGAACUUCUCAAUGAGGAAGAAACCAUGCAGAUUACAGUCUUCUUCAUUUGUGUCAUAGUUGCUGCUCUAAAUGCUCAGUGGUUUGGGCAAGUGACUUCAGAUAUUAUGGCCGAAAUGCACCUGAUUGAGCAAAGCUAUGGCUUGGGAGAGGAUGCUGGGUGGUUCCAGCAUAAGUCGUUUAUGCGGCUGCGUCAACUGGAUUCUCAUUACAGGGAGCUGACAAGCAGACUGAGCAUCUACCGUGGUUUCUCUUCCCUCUGUAACCUGUGCUGCAUCGCAUGCAAUGGCUUGAGCCUCUACUAUAUGGCUGCUCACCUUUCAACAUUAUAAGCACAUGGGUAAAUAACCUGCAUGGGCAUGAUUGUGAAAAGAUGGACUGCAAAUGGCUGAAGCCAUGACCUGGGUUGCUGUGGAACAGGCUUCCCCAAACUAAGGCCUGCGGGCCGGAUGUGGCCCGCGAGGCUCUUUUAUACGGCCUCCUGCAACCCAUGCUGCCUGCUCUUAACAGCGUGGUGCGGUUGCCCACUUCCAGGUGGCUGGAGCAUCGGAAAGAGCUUGUGUGCAUGCGUCAUUUCUGGCGCACUUCCGGGUCAGAGGAGGCCCGUGCGCAUGCACACAAGCUAUUUCCGGCCCUCCUCCAACCCGGAAGUACGCCGGAAAUAGCAUGCGCUCCCGUGUAUGGGGGCGCGCUCCCCUGCCGUGCACCUGCCCAAAGCUGGGUAAGUUUGGGGACCCCUGCUGUAGAGUGCUCCUCCACACAAGAUUCACAGGUGCUUGGAUCACCGUGUUCUGAGUGUAGCAUGCUAUAAAUUUUCUAGCCAUCAUUGGGUUGGCAGCCCAUGCACUAAUCGACCUUUCAUAGAACACUGGACUCCUUGCUGAUCAAGGCUCAUUCUAAUAGUAAUACCUGGUCAGACAAUUAUGAGACAAUUUAAAUGCCACCAAAGUAACAGAUUUCUUUUUGAAAAUGAAAAAUUCGUAAGCAGAUGCCUACAGCUGAAAAAGGAUUGGUCACUUCAUUUGCCCUCUGCUCCCCUUAGUCUUCUAAAGGACCAGAUGUUAACCUUUUAAAGUGGCUGCAGCCUUGCUAGUUAUGGGUAUCAGCUUAAGGGCACCUAUGACUUCCUAACUGUGCUUGGUCCAGUCCAGGGAAAAUCUCUUCUGAUAUCAAAUAUAUUUGAUACCAACUUCUGAAAAGGUAAAAUGCUCUUCCUAGCCGAAAGGUGACUGGUUUUUAAUUCUACCAUGGAUUAUAUUAAAGCCUUACGUUCCAAGGAGCAAGAACAGAUGAGCUAAUAAACCGAAAUCUAACUGCAGUAAUGAAUUUGUUUCCCGGCCGAAAGUGCCUUAUUGUAAAACACUCCUGUUCUUUAUUUGCUAUACAACAAAGGUCUAAUUUCAAAAGUCAAGCAGCAGUUUGGUAUCUCCUUUUCCCUGGAGACAAGCACUAGCCAAGCUUGUUCAGGUAGUACUUGCCCUUCUAUAUAGGUUGAACUCAGGAGUUAGUUGCUGUCCAGCACAUCCCUUGCCUUACGCCUUAAGUUGCGUUUACUGGAUCUUCCCACCUCCAUGAAAAGUUAUGUCAUUUCCAAGUUCAGAAAGCACUUGCAUGAGAGCACUUCAAAAACAAUUAAGCUGUAUAUAGAGGGAUGCCAUAGAUAGACUCAGUGUGAAGGCGCGUCCUUGAGAUAUUGUACUCUAGAAACAAGUCAUUUUAUGUUUUAUUACUUGUAUGUUAGCAGCAUGGCAAAGGAUGCUACUAUGGCCACAACGUUAGCAACUGGGUAGGUGUAAGAAAUGUACUUCCAGAAAUUUAAACCAUAAUUUAUAAUAUAAUAUAUAAAAUGUGCCCAGCUCCUUUUAAAACCUAUUUUAAAAGAUAGGUUAAUGCGAUCUUGUCACAGCAAAAAGCCAGCAAAAUUGUAAAGCUCUCAACACCACCCCACGUUACCCACUGGAGCACCACGUUACCCACUGGAGAGUUAUGACACCUCUAGUUAGGUACUUGCUUUUGCAGAAACAAACAUGACUCUCUGCAAACCUCAGCUCCCCAAUGCAGGGGUACUUUCCUCCCAUCUGCAUAGCUCUGCCAGCUUGUUCUGGCUCUAUGGAAAGGGGCUUAGGGCUGAAGUGCCAUAAGUGAAACCAAGUAUGACCCCCAUGGUUGAGAUGCAGGCUAGCUUUUACUAGACCAAGGUACUAAAGUUGGACAUAAGGCAGCUGAGCUGCACAGGAACCUUCUUCAAAAACGCAGGCGUUCUGUGCUACUGAGAAGCUGGCGCUUUGAAUAUGGCGCAACUCCCUUGCUUUUGUCAUCUGUCCUCGGGUUUUAUGGGGUUGAGAGCUUCCACCUCAGCAAAGGAGGCAGCUGUUAAAGCCUCGGUGAUGAUGGGGGGUGGGGGCUCAGGAAAAAUAAACUAGGGCAAAGGCGACGUCUCUCCAGAGGCCGAGACUCCCACCCACCGCUGGCCCCGCCUCGGAGUGGGAAAAGGAGAACUGGGGAGAUCCGCCGGAUGAACGAGGUGGGAAACCUUUAACUCAGAAGGGAGUCGGGUAAGGGGGUUCGCUUCCACCCAGGCGAGCUAAGGAGAUAGGUG